GUUUUUCCUCUUUUUCUUAAAGAAUUUUCUCCUUGCCUCGUAAUGUCCCUCACCACCAAUUUUCUCUUCGCCAUCACCCCUCCGUCCUCGUCCUCGUCCUCAUCGAUGUCCUCAACCCGUAAUACUAAUCCUAAUACCACAUCACGGCCACGGCGACGAAGACCGAAGGGUCUGUGGAAGGCACGCGUGACAUUUACAGUAACAGAAGCACGUUUUCUCAAUCUACCCCAUCCCCAUCCCCAUCCCCAUUAUCGCCCGUACCCCACCGACGACCUCCAUCGACAUCGGUCGUCGCCGCGACGGAUUUGGGACGAUCACUAUCACGACGCGGAUACUGACGAAGACGACGACGACGGCAUCUCGCGGUGUUCUUCCACGUCUACCUCUGCGACCUCUUUCACCAACAUCAACGACAACGACAACAAAAAACCUCGUCUUGGUUCGCCUGUAUCUGACGAGGAGAAUAAUAGUAUUUUUUUGUGGGGAGAUCAACAACACCACCUCCAGCCUUUCGUGUUACCCUCUGUAUCACGAGCACGCAUCAUGGACAUUUCUUCCCUCGCUACUGCAAUUGCUACCAGCUCAUCGGAGGGUAUCAAAUCUUCUACGGCUCUAUUCAACUAUGAAGAUUGGGAGGAUUUAAAAGACCUGUUCGCAUCUGCUGCUGAGCAGUACGAAACAGCAGAACCUUCAGAAGCUAUCCCUUUGAUAAGAGGUGUUAUACACGAAUGUCACCGUUUCCAAAAAGACUAUCAAGAUCCCUCUACGUUGUUUGCGAAUUCUACGGGAUCUCGAACGCAUUCUCCGAUUAGGACGCCUCCCGAGGAUUGGAGCCAGAAAAAUACUAGUCCUACUACAGCAUCGUCGGAGCGGAAGAAGUGUACUUGCCUGGAACUACCCACAGCGUUUCACAACAUCUUCGGCACCGCCUUAUUCUUGUUUGGGAAUCUAAUCGCUCAAGAUCCUUCACUCUGCUUACCUGGUGAACCCAACUCACCAAAUACGUAUUGGAUGGCAGCGCUGGAUGUGUUUGAGACGGGAGAGAAUUUGCCUACGCGGACGCAUGGGUUGGGAGCGUGUGAGGCGCCAGAGGAUUGGAGGAUGGCUAUUGUAUGGGGGAGGACGUUGGUGUGUCUUGCGGAUGAGAGGAUCGUUAGGGAUAGGGAUAAGGGGGAGGGGGAAGGGAGUGAGAGUGCGUCGAUGACGACAAGUUAUGGAGGUACAGCAGAGCCCGAAUGGGCACCCGACAGCCCGUUCAGUAUCAUCGCACAACGACGACCGCCUGUGACAGGACGAAUGUCGUUGAGGACAGCGAGUCCGAAUGAUCUGUUGAAGCUCGCGAUGGAUCAGUUUAGUAGAGGAAUAUUCCAUAUGCCCCAUCCGGAACAACAAGCGCCGGCCUCUGGGUCUUCGUUAUCGCAGCUGCAUCAUUUCUCUAGGGCGAAAGAGCUUUUCACGAUUGCUUCUGAGGUUCUUCUGGUGUCGGAGAAGCUGUCUGGGCCUGGUGAACGACGAUAUUGGGCUUCAUGGGCGGAUUCGGUGUUUGAUCAGAUGAAGAUGGAGUCUUCGUCGCCUUCAGCUGUGUAUGCUGAGAAGAUUGAUCAUGCGAGAGGGAGGUGUUGUUUGAUUGCAGGAACGGCGUUGGCUGAGGAAUUUGAGGAGGCAUUGGAGAGUGGGGAGAUGGAUGUGCUUGAUAGCGAGGAUGCGGAGGAGGCGAGAGAGAUAUUGACCGAGGGAGUAGGGUUCCUUGAGAGAGCUAGGAGGGGGAGGGAACAAGAAAAGAAAGAGAAAAGAAAGGCGACUCUUAAGAGGAAAAGGUCGGACACGGAGGAUGAUGAAUAUGGGGAUGGGAGUGGGAAGGUUGCGAGUGAAGAGUCGGAGGAUGAUGAAGAUGAUGAUUUGCAAGAUUUACUGGCAGAGGCGUUAUUGACGUUGGCCAAUCUGACUGGAGAUGAACAAAAGAGAGAAGAGCUGUACGCUAGGGCUGAAAAGGAGAGCAGGGGUGGACUGGGAAUGUAUCCAUGAAUUUUCGGGUUUCGGGUUUCGGGUUUCGGGUUUAUUCUGUUGACGUCAUGCAUGUAUCGUUAUCCGUUGUUGUCACGUUAUAUUUAUGAAGCUCUGUAUCAUUUGAAGGACGGUACGACGUGAAAAUGGGCCAGAAGUUACUGAUGGGCCAGACCCC